ACGACAGUGUCGUGGCCUCGCUGUACGGCACGGCUGCUGCGGGGCUGUUUCCGGCAGGGCCAUGAUGGCGUCUGGAUUCGAGAGCGAGCGGAGCCUGGCGGAGCGCAGGGAGCAGCGGCAGCGGGAGCGGCAGGAGCUGCUGGCGCAGGCCAAAAUUAAGUAUGAAAAGGAGCAGAAGCGUGAGCUGUUAAAGCAUCUACGAGGUGAAGAUACGUGGAUGCUUGAUGAUGUGAAUGAGCGUGUCGAACAACUGGAAAAGGAACAUUCUGUGCAGAAAAAAAAGAAAAAGGAGAAGCAUUCAAAAAAAGCUAAGAAAGAAAAGAAGAAAAAUAAGAAACAUAAAUCUGAAAAGAAGGAUGACUUAUCUGAUAGUUCUUCAGAUUCUUCAGUUGAGUGGGUUGAGUCAAAUGUGUCACAGCCAGAUAACGCAGAAAAGGCUUGGAAGGUCAACAAGCAAUCAGAUGCUGUGAAAGAACCCUCCCUGCAGAGAGAAGAAUGGAUGAAUUUAGAUUUCUUGUCACUGAAAACCACGUCAGUAGCAGCUGUCAAAGGUGAAAGACACAAAGAUAAAGUACUGGAACGACAGAAAGCUCAAGAAAUGGAACAGGCCAUGCUGUCUGAAAGAGAACUCAAUCCUUACUGGAAAGAUGGCGGUACAGGUUUGCCACCAGAGAAGGAUGAAGCAGCUUCAAUAAAGAAAGUUUCAGUGGUAGAAGAUGCUGGAUUAAGUUGGUUACGCAAAUCAUACCAAAGGAUGAAGGAGCAGGCUGAGAGAGAGAAACGAAAUUUUGAGGACAUUGUAGCUGAGAGAUAUGGGUCAAUGGAAAUAUUUCAGUCACGAUUAGAAGAAGCUGAAAAAGUUGCAUCCAGAAAGGAAAAUUAUCAUAGAAGUGGAAAAUGGAGGAAAGCUGACUAUUCAGAAAGUGAGAAAGAGAAGAAAGAGCAACCUAUGAAAAAGGAGACACGAGAUGAAGCUGAUAGAAAUGGGAACAUGUUUGGGGGCUGUACUAGGGAAAAGUAUGGCAGAGGAUGGAUGAAAGAAGACAAAGGUUACAAAAGAGAUACGUCAAGAGAUGACCAAGAAUGUGGACACAGCAGCAUGGACUCAGAAUUCAGAGGUUACAGCUCCAAAGCAGAAAAAUACUCUCAUGAAAAACGAAGUCAGGGAAAGAGUUCGUCUCUAAGCAACAUGAAACACAAAUUUCUGAAACCCUCUGAAGAUGAUUUAUCUUCUUACAGUGCAUCUAGAGACUACAAGUCACAGCAGUCCUCUUCUGGACUGCUGGCUCAUAGCUCUUUGAGCAGCCGGUGCCAAAAACCUGGUGAGGAUACUGCACUGUGGACCAAAACACACACAGAAGAUCACAAUGAGAAAUUAAUGUCCGAUCAAAAAUCAUCAGGUACUAAGGAACAGAUUGAUGACAGUAGUCGGGAAAGAACUCCAAGUGAUAAAAAAGAAAAGUUGCGACAAGAGAAUCCAGGCGAUAUCCCUGAGAAGAAACAAAUAUUAUCUGACAGUGUAACGUCAUGUUCUAGACAUACGUCAAAGGAUGAGCCGCCUCGGGUCCUUAGUGAAGAGGAGAUGAACAGACUGGGAGCGAGGAUCGUGAAAGCAGAACUCAUGGGAGACAUGGAGUUAGCUUCAAAACUUCAAGCAGAACUUGAGAAUGCACGCAAAUUGAAAGAGGCUCAAGGGCAGAUUUCAGCAAAAUCUGGCAGACAGGGUUCAAACCAUCAAAAAGAUGAACAAGUGGUCCUGGUCAGAACGGAUCAAAGUGGGAGGGCAUGGCCCGUGACUGCACCGGCUGAACCACAGGAGCCAAAAGGAGGACGGAGAAAGCGACAGAUGGUCCCUACUCAUGUAGACAAAGAAAGAGUAAGAUAUUUUCAGGAUGAUGAUAAUAUGAACCUGGAGGAUUUGGUCAGAAAUGAGAAGAUGAGAACAGCAGAGGAUCAAAACUCAUUGUUCAUGCGUAUGGCAUCAAAGCUCAUGGAAAAAACUGACAGGGAGUACUACACGCUGGAUGACAUGUUUGUUUCCAAAGCAGCCAAAAGAGCACGCAGUGGGGAAGAGGAGGAAAUACAAAGAAGGAAAGCAAUACGUGAGCACCAGCAGCUUGCUGCACGCAUGGAAAAGUGCCCAUACUGCUUUGAUAGCAGUGAACUUUCGAAACAUCUUAUUAUUGCAAUUGGCACCAAGGUAUACUUGUCUCUACCAAGCAACCAGUCCCUUACAGAAGGUCACUGCCUGAUAGCCCCUUUGCAGCACCAUACUGCAGCCACUCUUUUGGAUGAAGACAUCUGGGAAGAAAUCCAGAUGUUCCGAAAUGCGUUGGUGAAAAUGUUUGAAGCUAAAGACUUGGACUGUGUUUUCCUAGAAACAAAUAUGAGUAUGAAGAAACGGUAUCACAUGGUAUAUGAAUGCAUUCCUCUUCCCAAAGAAGUAGGAGAUAUGGCUCCGAUUUAUUUCAAGAAAGCUAUAAUGGAGUCUGAUGAAGAGUGGUCUGUGAACAAGAAGUUAAUUGAUCUUUCUUCAAAAGAUGUUCGGAAAUCUGUUCCUAAAGGAUUACCAUACUUUUCUGUGGACUUUGGCCUUCAAGGAGGAUUUGCUCAUGUUAUUGAAGACCAACACAAGUUCCCUCAUUACUUUGGAAAGGAAAUCAUUGGUGGCAUGCUGGACUUGGAACCGCGGCUCUGGAGAAAAGGAAUCAGACAGAAUUUUGAGGAUCAGAGGAAGAAGGUGUUGCAGUUUGCACAGUGGUGGAAACCGUAUGACUUUACCAAAAAGAAAGAAUGAGCACAUCCCUGCAGUCAAGGACUAUAUAAGCCAUAAAUUAUAAUAAAGGAUAUUUCAUAAGUUACUAAUAACACCGAUGUUAUGUAUAUUUUAAAACGUAGGAUGUUGUUUAGUUGCUGAUUACCUGUGGAUCACAUGAACUUUUUAGCCUGACAAACCACAAAUGUACAGUGUUUUUAAUUUUUCAUUUUUUAGCUGAGCCAAAGGAAUAAAUAUCUAUGUGGCUAAUGAACUGCUUCAAAACGUAGCUUGUGCUUUUGGAGUUUUUAUGGUCUUCGAGGAAACUGAUUUGUUUUUGUAUUGUAUUUAGCGUGGAGCCAGUGCUUAAUUAUCACGGUGAAUUUUUGUAGAAAAUGGCGUAAAUUUUAAGAAAACUGUGAUUAAUACAAAUACAUUGCUGUACAGAAGCUGUACAAGAAAAUUAUUUUCUGAUUUUGAGUCUUUGUGUUCUUAAAGGUGAGGUCAUUGUAGAAACGCAAAUGUUCGAGUAUGAUGUGAUCGAUAAACCUGAUGCUGAGUGGUGAAGAACCUUAAGGAAAAACACUCUCCAGUGAAAGAAGAAAAAAAUCUGAGGGGAUCUCCCCAGGUGACUCUUCUCUCCUGGGCAUCCUCUUCAGUGUGGCAGGUGGUCCACCAUAGUAAUUUUUGAUAAUAACAGUAUAGUUUUCAUCUGAAAACUCCCUGCUGGUUGUUUCUACUUGUGAUGCUGUUAGUGCUGAUUGGAGCACACUCUGAUCAGAGGCAAGAGUUGUACCUUAAUUGAUUGUUAAGCUUUUCACAUGGGUGUCACUGGGAAAUGCCUGUUCCCUAUUUAAAGGACUACUAUUUACCAUGUUAUUCACUAGGUUUUGUUUUUUUUCUUGUGUGUCAAAGUUACAAAAAGGGGUAGGAAAGAGAGAGGGGGGGCAAAAGGGAGAUUCUCGCAUCGAUGUGAAUCACUUUCCAUGGGAAACCUGAUAUAGUGCACUCGAGCUUUGCAGGUGCAGAGCUGGGAGAACACAACAAGGAUGAAAACAUUGUCGCAGCAUCCUGCCAGUGGAUGUGGGAAAGGGUGCAAGCUUGCAAACAAAAAAAUGCAGUUCUAAAGGGAAAGGCUCUAAGUGACAAAUGAAAGGCCCUUAGCAUAGCCGACGUUAAGGCACAGUGCAUCACAUCCCAGCAUCUUUCCCGCUCUCUUCCUGCUGAUCUGUUGCCUUGUACUGCAAGCCAUGAAUAAAAGGGCCAGUUUUACUGUCCUCCAGAAAGUUGUGAUCUUUCUUAGGCUACUGGAGAGAUUACAGAGCAAAUUGGACAUAAAGUAGUAGAUUCUGGUAGUUGCUUAGAAGGUUGCAGUGCUGAAGCAAGUUUAGAUAAAGUGCAGUUUUGGUGGUGUAAAACAUGACUAAAAAUAAUUUUUAUUGAAAGAGUGUGUUGCCUUUGGUCUUGUCUGCCCUCCUGGAGAAUAGCCAGGAAGCAGCAGUGGUGGCUUGUCUUUUAAGGCCACAGGAAACUCUUUAUUCAGUGCUGUGUUGGAGAUGCAGAUUUUCUAAAUUAUAUCACUCCUGCUGGAAAUUUGUAUUCCUCAAGGAAUGUGCUGUUUCACAAAGGAUUUCUAACUUGUAUGUAGCAAAGCCUUCCUCUCUGACUCAUAGUCUGUGCACGUUUUAUUGUUCUUUCAGCCAAACUACUGAUACUCUUUGGACUAGAAAGGACUGUGAAAUGUGGAGCAAGGGUGACAAUCUCAAGCUAGUGAUACAGGAAAGUUUGUCUCCCCGUAUUGGAAGUUUUCAGAAUAGGAGAUUGUGCUUACUACAUACGCUGAGAAUAGCAUCUUCUUGUAACUGGUUACAGACCAGACAUGCAUAUCUUCAGGUUAAGCUUUUCCUCUUCGUAAGUAUCUCUAAAUAUUCAUGAGGCCAUGAGAGUGAAUACAGCUUGUUAGGGCACUUAAGUUGAAGGCGUGGUAAGCAUAAAUUUCAGUCCUUACUCUUAUAAAUAUUAAAAUAUUUUAAAUAGACCUCCUUCAUCUGAAAGAAUACCCAAUACCUAAAUUAUUUUGGUGCUAAGAGAGGGGAAAUGUAAAUUCAGGUGUCCUUAGGGAGAAGAGGUAUUGGAAGCUGGAUUUCUUACAUUGGUAUAAAUAUGCUCCAAUGUGCUCUUUGGUGUAACUGGGGAGGAAAAGGAACGUCUCUCUUCAAGUGAAUCUCUGUGUAUGAUUUAACAGGUGUUAGAACAUAGCCAUGUGCUGCCCUGUCAGAGAAAAAUUCGUAGGUGCUGCUACUCUUCUGCGUAGUACCUGGCAUGAAAUGCAGUGUUUCCCUGCUGUCAAGUUAGCUUUUUUGAACUUAAGAGUACUCCUCUCCUUUGUAUCUCCUUGCUAUGCUGAAAGAAUUGCAUCCUCCCACCUGCGUUCCAGGUCAUUCAGAGGUUUCAGGGAAGGUGUUCUGCACCAGCACAGCACCAUUGCUGCUGCUGGAUCAGUCCCUAGGUGAUUUCUGAGCAGGAAUUCAGAAUUAAGAGCUUUUUAUUCAGUUGUGCUUGCCACUAAAUUCUCUAGAGGGAACUGGGAUGGAUGCUAUAGUUGUGCAGAUGACCUGCAUCAUGGUCUUGAUACCUUGAAGAUUCCCAGCCUGGGUCUGUCUUGGUGAACAAGUUCCUGUGAGAUGCUCAGUUUAUUCUUUACUUUUUCUCAGACUGAACUAUUCAGCCUGGUUUUCCUCAGACCCAUGCAGUUGCUGUACAAAGCUGCCUGAAGCAUGAGACAGUUGGCUUCGUAUUAAGGACCCCCAUUUUGAGGUUGUUAUUUUUGCUCACAUUGAAGGAAAACACCAUGAAUUUGUGCCACACCGUUAGCACCAAAGUGCAAAAGCCACCAUGGUGUCAUUGUCCUUAUCCAUAACCAGCGGUUGGUUGAUGUCAAAGUGAUUGUCUGAAGUCUUUUGUUGAUGUACACCAGGGUAAUGUAAAAUGAGAUUGAUAAAAGCUGAAGUAAACUUAGGUAAAAUGGAAAGCAAAGCUUUCUACUGAUUACUGAUGUUCUUCCAGACAGGUAGUUCUCAUAUAUGUCCACAUUCCAUUUGCCUUUUCCCGGAGUAAGACAGUGAGAUGCUGCAUUUAGUGCAGUUUUGGUGUAACAGUGGUGGGUUGUUGCUUUGUACUUGUUAAAAUACCUGAAAGACAACAACGUGGAUAUUUGUUGCUUUACUAGAAAAUCAAUAUAGCAACAUUCAAUCUUAGAUCUGUUUGAGUUGAUUUAUCAGUUCGUGAAUCCAAACAAUGAGUUCUUCACAGAGUCAUCAUGAAAUCUGAUUUAGUGGGAUUUUUAAAUAUUGAGUUCAAUGAACUUGUUUUAUAUUUCAUACAAGAUCUGAUUGGAAAAUAACAUGUUAAAAUAAAUGGUGAGUCUCAUGGCAAGAGAUCACAAAUCUCUUGAAAUCUAUGAAAGAAGAAACAUUUUAAUGAGUCCCUUAAGGGUUCUGCCUUUGGCUGAAAUUUCUUCAGCGUUUCCUGUCUUCUGUAUUUUUAUCCAUUAAGGCAUGUUUUCUCUACUUUCAGCUUGACUGCUGGAUGGAAAGAUGUGGAGAGACAGGCUGUGAUACUCUUACUUUAAGUGUACUUAUGCUGUUUUGGAAACAAGAUCCUUAAUAUCUAUAGCUAUAAGUGCCUUUUUUUAGCUGUUACAAAUUAAAGCAGCCUCAUCCAGCAUGAAGGAACAAGCUUGAGAAAUCCCAGCUUGCUAACAUUGCCAUUUUCAUGUGCAUAUUGAUGUAACUAUGUAGUAAUGUUAUUUUUCUAAAUGCUGCCUUUAUUUAUGUAGUUAAAAUGAUAAGGAAGGGUAGCAUGCUUCCUUCAACAGAAGUCAUGCUGCUGCACCCUUACAGGGAAGCUGGUAUAAAUUUUACCACCAAGUUAAGAACCACUGGAAGUUGGUUCCAAAAGGGGAUUUAAGCCUUCCUUGUAUCCCGUAUUUCAAAGCUAAUAUUACAAUCCCAGAUUGUCCCAGGGAAAUCUUUGGAAAAUAAGUUCUCUAUUGUAGAAGUUGAUGGAUUUGUAGUUUUAAACCUUGUAUCCUGCUCAGUGAUCAGUCUUGCACAACUGCCUAGCUGCCCGUCUAUUCAGAGACUUUAUCUGUGAAUCAUGGAAUCAUAGAACCCCUAGGCUGGAAAAGACCUUUGAGAUCAUCAAUUCCGACUGUACCUGUCCACUACUAAGUCAUAUCCAUAAGCACUUCAUCUGUCCAUCCUUCAAAUACCUCCAGCGAUGGGGACUUACCCACCUCCCUGGGCAGCCUCUGCCAGUGCUUGAUAAACCUUUCCAUGAAGAAAUUUUUCAUAAUAUCUAAUCUGAACCUCUAAAGUAUUAGAAUUGUGUUUUAAAAGGACAGCGUAAUUGCAGGGCAUCCUUAACUACAAGCAUCUUAACCCACCCUGAUGCCCCAGUUUGGUCCAUACUUGGUCUCGGAGCAGGUUAUCUACAUUCUUUGUCCUUUGCUAUCAGCAGGUAGGGAAAGGACCGCCACCCAGCAGAAAUUUUGAGAGACUUGGUUGAAAUUACGUGCCAUGAGUACUUGCAGCGAUUUCCAAACCAGUUCCUUAACUUUAAGAGGUAUGUACUGUUGGCUGGUUCUGAGAACUCUGGGGGCAAUGUUAGCUGCAAUUACGACAUACACUCAGGAUUUUAAAAGCCCCAAACAGCUUAUCAGGCUUUUGAAGGCAGGGAGUGGACAGAGAACUUGGCUAUUAUCUCCUUUUUACAAGCAGGAGGUGCUUUUCAGGAGAUUCCUGUGAACCAGCUCUCUGCUUUUCCUGUUGUGUUGUCUUUAAUGGGAAGCUUUGGGGUUAUUUUCUUUCUAGAGGAAAAAUACUUUGGCCGGUAUCGGAACAGAAAUAG